GGAAAGAGAUUUGAAAGGAUGGGGAUAGAGACUCUGACAACCAUGUAGGAUCCGAAUAGAUCGGAGAGAGUUGUGUUGGGUGCAGUUGUCAAAAUCUUUUCUGUCUCUCUCUUCAUUUUGUGUUGUUGCAUUGCAACCCUCUUCUCUUCUCUUUGUCUCUUUUGUUCCUUUCAUCUCACACGAGUUAAAGGCAGAGGAAACCAUACGUAGGAGAAGCCAAGAGAGGAAUCUUAGUUCCUUCCUGCAGGGAACGACGGUUCCUCUUUUAUGCUACCUCAGGUGUUUUUCUUCAAACUGAGGUGGUGUGUGCAGGCAAAGCUAUGUUAUGGCCUUCAUAUGAUAAUCAAUUAAUCAUAGGUGUAUUAUCGUUGUCAAUUGGUUUCAAGACGUUGAAAUCUAGGGUGCUAAUUUUUUAACUUGAGGUUUCUUUCUUCUCAGGGGGAUAAAUCAUAGGCACACUGCUUUAUCUUUUUUGUGGUGAUUCAUAAAAAAAGACAAAAUGUUGGCUGGGUUAGUGAAAAAGAUCGCCUCCACCACAAUGGGGAGUUGUGCCUCAAAUCCAAAUGGAAAGGGCAGUGGUCACAAAAGAAGAAAACACAAAUCUGGCAAACGCAGAGGAAACAUUGCCACUGCACUUCCUGAAAUGCCUUUGAAAAGGGUUAGCAAUGCUGGAAGCUGUGUGGGAGACUUUACUCUUAGUGACUUUGUUCACCUGGACUUUGAGAAUGGAGCUUCAGCCCCCUGCAGAAGAUCAGAGGUUUCAAACAUGAAGUUUCAUCUCACACAGCUUCAAUACCAUAGCCAUGGUCAAAUUGAUGCAAAUGGAAAAUACCAAGAAGAAGCAUGGUUUGACUCACUUAGCAUUAUAGAAUCUGAUUCAGAUGAUGAAUUCAGCAGUGUGCAUGGAGAUUGUUUUCCCUUUGGGACCAAUGCUUUGGGAAGUGGCCCAAAUACUCAGUUACUCCAAUAUGAAAGUGCAUCUUUUGUAGAUUCAGGGUGUAAAUAUGAGGGAUUUUAUGAAAGCUAUGUCAAAAUAGAUGGAGGUAACUGUAAGAAUGGGGACAAAACUCAAGAAAACAACACAAAACAAUCAACUGUUAUCAUGCUUUCUGUAAAAAGGACAUCAAUUGAUGAAUAUGACAAGACUGGAAAAUGUGCAUCUGAGAAAUUUCUUUAUCGUCCUGUUGCUGGGCUUCAAAUUCCAGCUGCAACUGAAGAAAAGCCAUCACCUGGUUCAUGGUCUGUGAUUUCACCUUCAAUGUUUAAGCUUCGUGGUGAAAACUUUUUCAGAGAUAAGCAAAAGAGCCCUGCUCCAGAUACAUGUGCUUACAUACCAAUAGGUGUAGAUUUAUUUGCCUGUCCAAGGAAGAUAAAUCACAUUGCUAAGUAUCUUGAACUUCCAAUUGUCAAAGAACAUGAGAGUGUACCUUCCCUCCUCAUUGUUAACAUACAGUUGCCAACAUAUGCUGCUAGCAUGUUCCUUGGUGAUGCCAAUGGAGAAGGCUUGAGUCUUGUACUGUAUUUUAAAUUGUCUGAGAAUUUUGAGAAAGAGAUCUCACCAAAAUUUCAGGAUAUGAUCAAGAGAUUAAUGGAUGAUGAGAUGGAAAAGGUGAGAGGAUAUACAAAGGAAAGCAUGGUUCCCUACAGGGAGAGGCUAAAGAUUUUGGCAGGGGUAGUUAAUCCAGAUGACCUUCAUCUGAAUUCUACAGAGAAGAAGCUUAUCAAUGCCUACAAUGGCAAGCCAGUGCUUUCACGUCCUCAACACGAAUUCUUUAGGGGACCUAACUACUUUGAGAUAGAUUUGGAUAUUCAUCGCUUUAGCUAUAUAUCGAGGAAAGGACUUGAUUCACUCCGAGAUCGUGUAAAGCAUGGAAUUCUUGAUGUUGGCCUAACUAUCCAGGCACAAAAGCAAGAGGAACUUCCAGAGGAAGUGUUGUGUUGCUUAAGGUUGAAUAAAAUUGAUUUUGUUAACCAUGGCCAAAUUCCUUCCCUAGUGACCCUUGAUGAUAAUUGACAAAAAAUGGAAAAAGGUUGAUUGAUAUUAUGAAGGAAUGGGGGUGCCAAAUCAAAUUUAACCACCAGGAAAAAAAUAAAUAAAAGGAGGAACAGAAGCACAUUUGAGGAAAUGUGAGCUUCUCUGAUAUGCAAGAUCAAUUUUUUAUUAUUAUUAAUUUUAUUAUGUGAUGAUGCUAUUGAAGUCCUAUAUGUUACUUUGCAUGACAAUUAUGUUCCUCCUUGUGUUGUGAGGACGACUAAUUGAAAAGGUUACAAUUGAGAAAGAGAUACCUUGAAAUGUUAAAUACCCAACAAAUUGGGACAUUCUUUUA